AUGGUGCAGGGUUGGCUGCAUGAAUGUCAGACAUCUCACCCGGCCUGUCUUCCGCAUGGGUCAUCUGAACAUCUCGUCAAGUUAAUCGACUGCUCAACUCGUCGAGUCAUCUCAGUAUCUACCCUAGAUACGACGCCCGAAUAUGUUGCUUUGAGCUAUGUAUGGGGAGAGCACAUCCCUAAGCCCGGGGAUGGCGACGGAGACUCAAAUGCAACGGCUCAAGUUAUAGAAGAUGCGCUCUCUGUGACCAAGAGUCUGGGGCAUCGUUAUUUAUGGGUGGACAAGUACUGUGUGGAUCAAGAUGACAGCUUCCAGAAACAUGAACAGAUAAUGAACAUGGACUCGAUCUAUGAGAAUGCCUCCCUCACCAUCAUUGCAGCUGCGGGACUUGAUCACUCGCGGGGGCUCCCUGGCAUCUCGAGCAACCGCCUCAAAAAGGAGAUCCCAUUUCAGCAUGAUAAUUUUUCCCUCUCUUGGAUCCCCCCAUCUCCACAUAAAGAAAUUCUCGAGUCCCGCUGGUCGACGCGGGGAUGGACGUAUCAGGAAGCCGUCCUUUCCAGGCGGCGACUGGUGUUUACGGAUCGGCAGGUGUACUUUGAGUGUCGCUCGAUGGCGUGCUACGAAAGUUUGCGUAUUCCGCUCCAGGAUCUGUUUCCCUCCUCAGUCGACAUUUUCAGACUGCCACAAAUCUUUAGCUCAUCACAUCUGAAAAGCACGGUAUCCGCAUCCUCAGUUGCCCAGGCUGCACAAGACACCGAGGACGAACAGCUGGUCCCCCGCGAUUGGAAAAUGUUCGCCUUCAACGCAUACACGAGAUGUGCAGAAAGAUAUUCCCAAAGGACUUUGACUUUUGAAAGUGACUCGCUAAACGCAUUUGGGGGCAUGAUCAAGCGUUUCGAGUCGUUGGAACAGGGUACACUAAGACAUUUGUGGGGUAUCCCUUUCUUCGACCCUCGCGACGAUCAGUCACCAGAUGAUAUCGUAGACUACGCGGGAUUCUUGUUGGCAGGACUAUGUUGGAGACAUGAAUCUAGAUCGAAAUCAUUGCGAAGACGCAACAUGUUCCCAUCAUGGUCCUGGACAGGGUGGGAGGGUGCCGUGACAUGGCCUAAAGUAGAUGCUUCAUUUGAGGUUCAAGCAUCUGAUCUCUACACUCUAAGUAGUAUACAACUCUCCUUUGAAGAUGGAUCAACGCGCUCGAUCCCAGACGUACGAGAUAAGAGACCCGGUGGCGACAGACUGGGCCAAUAUCCAAAAGCUCUCCUCUUACAGACGUCUGCCGUUUCCGGCUAUGCCUUUCCGUUCAAGGGUCCUUCUUUGACGACGAAUCAAAGUCCAGAGUACACUUGGUAUCCCAGUGUGGCUGACCUCGAUGUGGUGCGAAUGGUCCAACAGCUCCAAAGCGGGGAUCUCAAAGCCCUCCGCUUAGGCAUUGUAGGCAAAGUCGGUUUCUUGCUUGUCGUCAAGAAGCGAAAGAGUUCGUUUUACCGCGUCGGACUGAUACAGGUUUGUAGCGCUCUUAUAACUGAAAGUAUUCAGACUCAUCAAGUCAGAGCUUUCAAGAUAAAAUAA